AUGCCUAAACGAAAGGCGCCAGCUAGAAUUUCUGGCCUUGUUGGCUCGGAUGAUGAGGAUGUGAUGAAGGUCAAUGGCAACGUCGCGCCCGCGCAGGAGGACAAUGAUGAACGCCCCGUCAAGAGAGCAAGAGGCCGGCCGAGGUCAAAGUCUGCGGAGAUAAAGCCAGCAAACACCAAAACCAAAACUCGCGCAGCAGCAGCAACAUCGCACGCGCAGGAAGCACCCCCGAAGAAAACCACGAGAAGGGGGAGGCCAAGGGGUAGUGGGGACAGUCGGGCCUCGUUCGAUGCUGGAGCGCAAGAAACCACGCCAAAGAAAGAAGAAGAGCCAACAGUUGAAGAAACUGCAGAUGAUACUCAGCCUGAGACGCAGGGACCCAAUGAUGAGCAAGAUGCGCCGGCAAAGUCAACAAGACAGACAAAGAAGCCCGCUGCCACGCGUGGUCGAAAGGGUGCAGCAGCAAAGUCACUGAAGAAAGAUGGUGAAUUCGAAUAUACGCCAUCUAGCUCCCGUCAAACCAAGGCCCCAGAAAAAUUCAAGGAACAGAGCGCGCAGCCCGCACGAAGAGGGCGACGGAAGGCGGAGCCGGAGCCAGAACCUGAGCUAGAACAAGCAGAAGAACCAGAACCAGAAUCAGAGGCAGAGGUGGAAGGCGACACGGAGGAAGGCGAAAGGUCUGCGCCAGAGGUGGAUGAAACAAUUCUUCAGGAGGAGCCGGUUGCACCUCGAUCCGUUUCGGCAUCACCAUCAAAGGUUGCACGUAACAGGUUAUCGAUGCAUCGGCCCUCGCUAUCACCUCAAAAGCGAAGACUUGGAGAGAGCGCAGAGCCAGAAUUGAGACGUAAAAUUGGUGACUUGACGAAGAAACAUGAAGCCUUGGAAAACCGGUUUCGUAAUCUCAAAGAGAUAGGGAUUGUUGAAGCGAACGCGAACAUGGAGAAACUGCGAAAACAGUGUGAAGCGACGACGGAGGCUUCUAAAAAUUUGGUUGCCUCUCUCAAGGCGGAACUUGAGGCACAGAGGGCGCUUGGACAACAGAGCCGAGCACUUCAGAAACAGCUGAAGGAACGCGAUGCGGAAGUUGCCCAACUAAAGACAAAAUCUGAAGAGGCGACAACUCAACUCUCCUCUGCCCAGUCCGAGGUCAAGGCCUUGCAAACCAAGCUUGCUGCCGCUCGAAGUACAGCAGCGAGCCUCGAAAGUGCGGCAACCAGAGUCCCCGGGAGCGCAAUUAAGAAUAACGGUGGAAAUCGUGCCAAUGCUGCUGCAUCGGCAGAAGCUGCGCAUGCGGCUCAAUUCGCGCAACUCAAGGAGGAUCUUUACAGUGAUCUCACAGGACUCAUUGUUCGAGAUGUAAAGAAGAGAGAAGACGAUUAUUUGUAUGAUUGUAUCCAGACUGGCAUCAACGGAACUCUACACUUCAAACUGGCUGUUCCCCAUGUUUCAUCCGCCAAUUUCCAAACAGCAGAAUUCCAAUACAUUCCGCUCUUGGAUGAGAACCGAGAUCGUGACUUGGUCGAGAUCCUGCCUGAUUAUCUCACGGUGGAUAUAACAUUCUCCCGCCAGCAGGCGUCCAAGUUCUAUACCAGAGUCAUUGAUACUCUUACAAAGCGACGCAACAGCUCAUCUGCUGCAUAG